CGCGGGGGCGGGGCGGGCUCAGACUCCGCCCCCAGCGCGGUCCAUAAAAACGCGGAGAGCUUUGCUUCACUCUGCUGGUUGAGCACCAGAGAACGGUUACAGAGGCGGUAGAGGCAGGAUGAGUGCCGGCUCGGACCCCGUAGUCAUCGUCUCGGCGGCGCGGACUGCCAUAGGCUCUUUCAAUGGUGCUUUAUCUACUGUGCCUGUCCACGACCUGGGCUCAGCUGUCAUCAAAGAAGUUCUGAAAAGGGCCACACUAGCUCCGGAAGACGUGUCCGAGGUCAUAUUUGGACAUGUUUUGUCAGCAGGUUCUGGGCAGAAUCCUGUUCGACAAGCCAGUGUAGGUGCCGGAAUUCCUUACUCUGUUCCAGCAUGGAGCUGCCAGAUGAUCUGUGGGUCAGGCCUUAAAGCCGUGUGCCUUGCAGCCCAGUCCAUAAGGAUUGGUGACUCAAGUAUUGUGGUUGCAGGAGGCAUGGAAAGUAUGAGCAAGGCUCCUCACUUGGUUCACUUGAGAGAAGGAGUGAAGAUUGGUGAGAUGGCAUUGCGUGACAGUAUACUCUGUGAUGGCCUUACAGAUGCGUUUCACAGCUACCACAUGGGUGUGACAGCUGAAAAUGUAGCUAAAAAAUGGCAAGUGAGUAGAGAAGCUCAAGACAAGGUUGCUGUCCUAUCUCAGAACAGGACAGAAAGUGCACAGAAAGCUGGCCAUUUUGACAAAGAGAUUGUACCAGUUUUUGUGUCAUCUAGAAAAGGUCUCACUGAAGUUAAAGUAGAUGAGUUUCCUCGUCAUGGGAGUAACCUUGAAGCUGUGUCCAGGCUAAAGCCUUAUUUUCUCACAGAUGGGACAGGAACAGUCACUGCAGCUAAUGCUUCAGGAAUAAAUGAUGGUGCUGCAGCUGUGGUUCUCAUGAAGAAGUCAGAAGCUGAUAAUCGAGGACUUACACCUUUAGCACAGAUCAUUUCCUGGUCGCAAGCAGGUGUGGAGCCUUCCCUUAUGGGAAUAGGACCAAUUCCAGCCAUAAAGCAAGCUGUCGCGAAAGCAGGCUGGUCUCUGGAGGAUGUCGAUAUAUUUGAAAUCAAUGAAGCCUAUGCAGCACUCUCUGUUGCAAUAACUAAAGAACUUGGAUUAAACCCAGACAAGGUCAACAUUGAAGGAGGGGCGAUAGCUUUGGGUCAUCCUCUAGGAGCAUCUGGCUGUCGGAUUCUUGUGACCCUGUUACACACACUGGAGAGAACAGGUGGAAGGCGUGGUGUUGCAGCCCUGUGCAUUGGAGGUGGAAUGGGAAUAGCAAUGUGUGUUCAGAGAGGAUAAAUUGCUUAACAGUAAUAACAAAGGCAGGCAUGGUGGCACACACUUAUAAUACCAGCACUUGGGAUGCUGAGACAGGACUGCUGCCAGUUCGAGAUCAGUCUGAACCACAUAGUAAAACUGUGUCUCUAAAAAAAAAAAAAAGUAAUCACACUUACUCUACAUUCAAACCUUCUUUUUUAAUCGGUACCAGGGAUUGAACUCACAACUGCCUGCUUGCAAGGCAGGUGUUUAUGCCCACUGAGCUAAAACAAACCUUUUAAAACUAGUAAUGUGAAUUAGAGGACCAAAAGAACACAAGCUGUGAGUUUACUGUACUUUAAUGUGUAAUACUCAAGACACAAGACAUUGUACCUAAAAUUAAUAUAAAUUAAAGGGAGAUCACAUCAGUCAUCAAGGGCUCCAGAAUGUACAGCAUCUUCAUAACCCCCAUGUUUAUCGUCUUUACUUUCUGGGUGUAAUUUAAUCAGAUCAUCGAUUCGAAGAAUGGUAAUUGCAGCUUCUGUUGCAAAUUUCAAGCUCUUGACUUUCACUAUGGUUGGUUCAAACACACCUGCUUGCUUGUUGUCUCUCGGUUUACCGUUGAUCAAAUCAAGACCAAUCCUGCAAUUAAAAAACCUGGGUAAACGAUCUCUUAGAAGUUGAUUAAGCAGUUCAUUAAUUCUCCCUACUCUCGAUAAUAAGACUAAAGUAGUUCAUUCAGAUGUGUUACCUUCACUCCACAAUGGAUUUAACUCUAUGUACUACAAAAAUGCACUAAAAAAUUAAAAAUAAAUAGUUAUGAUUGACAAGGGCAGGACUGAGUACCAUCAAAAGCCUUGAAAUGGUAACAAAAAACCCUAAUUCCAAACCCAGCAUGCUGACAUAGACUGCUAAUUCUAGCACUUGGGAGGCUGAGGCAGUAGGAUAACCACAAGUUCAAAGUCAACCUAGGCUUCACAGUGAGAUCAAGACCAGGCUAAACUACAUUGUGAGACUAUCUCAAGACAAAACAAAACAACAAACGGAAAGCCCCAAUUCCAAGAUCACUUAAUGUGUCCUGUGUCCUAUGAAAACAUUUUGCCUAGUGAUAUCACAACUGUCUUGGUUUAUUUAAAUAUACCGCAUGAUAUUCUCACAAGGGUCAAAUCAUCUAAAGAGAUAUUCCUCAGGAGUUGCGGAAGCCACUCCUGACUCUCUAAGGGGAGAGCCUGAACAUAAACGUGGCUCAUCCUUAAAUCUGACUUUCCUGCAAGUACUAUGACUCUAACCAGAGAAGCAGGUUAGGGACCAGAGUUUAACAGUCACUGCCCAUUGGAUAAGCUGUAACUGACCAAACAAUAAACCUCUUGUAAUGUUUAAAUCUUC